UCAUACUGACAUGUUUCUGUAGCUCAAGAACUUCUUAACAGUCCUUUUACAGACAUUUACUCAUUUAUUGCCCCCCCAUGACUGUCUUUGUUUGCAUUUCCCACUAGUGAUCAAUACUUUAUUGCAUGCUCUUUCACGAUGAAGGCCAUGGAGGAUCAAGUAGUCCAAGAAGAACCAGGAUACCAGGAUGAUGAGGAAUCCUUUUUUCAGGAUAUUGACCUGCUUCAGAAGCAUGGAAUUAACGUAGCAGAUAUUAAAAAGCUGAAGGCAGUUGGGAUUUGCACAAUCAAAGGAAUCCAGAUGACCACAAGAAGGGCACUGUGCAAUAUGAAGGGGCUCUCAGAGGCCAAAGUGGACAAGAUUAAAGAAGCUGCAAACAAGCUUGUUGAACCAGGCUUCCUCACUGCCUUUGAGUACAGUGAAAAACGGAAGAUGGUAUUUCAUAUUUCCACUGGCAGCCAGGAAUUUGAUAAACUUCUGGGUGGUGGGAUUGAAAGCAUGGCAAUCACUGAGGCCUUUGGAGAGUUCCGGACAGGCAAAACCCAGCUAUCUCACACUCUUUGUGUGACAGCCCAGCUCCCAGGACCAAAUGGCUACACAGGUGGAAAGAUUAUCUUCAUUGAUACUGAAAACACUUUCCGACCAGACCGCCUGCGUGACAUUGCUGAUCGCUUCAAUGUUGACCACGAGGCAGUACUUGACAACGUGCUCUAUGCACGUGCAUAUACCAGUGAGCAUCAGAUGGAAUUGCUUGACUAUGUAGCAGCCAAGUUCCAUGAGGAAGCUGGUAUCUUCAAGUUAUUGAUCAUUGACUCCAUAAUGGCACUUUUCCGUGUGGAUUUCAGUGGUCGCGGAGAGUUGGCUGAACGACAACAGAAACUAGCUCAGAUGUUGUCAAGGCUCCAAAAAAUAUCAGAAGAAUAUAAUGUGGCUGUGUUUGUGACCAACCAGAUGACUGCUGACCCAGGAGCAACUAUGACCUUUCAGGCAGACCCAAAAAAGCCCAUCGGGGGCCACAUCCUUGCUCAUGCUUCGACUACCAGGAUCAGUUUGAGGAAAGGGAGAGGGGAGCUGCGGAUUGCAAAGAUCUACGACAGCCCUGAGAUGCCUGAAAAUGAAGCCACAUUUGCAAUAACUGCUGGAGGGAUUGGGGAUGCCAAAGAAUAGGUAAAAAAAUGUAAUGUAAAUGUACUAAAAAACCAGCAGGGAAGCUGUGAUGAAGAUUUGUGAAAGCUUGACAACUACCUAUGGCUGCAUUUGUAGCUUUUGGGAGAUAUUUAAGAUAUUUUGGGAGAACACUGGGAUAGAUUUUGUACAGUUCAGUUUUACUGAACUAAAAUUUUGGUCAUGUAGGAUUUUUGUUUUUCAAUUGAACUUUUGGCAUGCAAAUAUUUAAGCCAUUAGAUUGUGAAUUGUUCUUAGAAUCCUUUUCCUAUCUUUUGUGAAAAUCAAACCUGUCCUUUCACAUGGGAGUGAAUAUACUCUUUCUUAAUUUAUUUCAAAGAGAGUGUCUAAGUGGUAGAAUUUAUAGUGUGAAAUGCAACAGAACUAGAAUAAUCUCAGUUAUAAAAUUCACAUAUAUAGAUGGAAAAGGCAGUGGGAGGAACAACAGCUCAAUAACUUGACAGAUUUUCACGUACUGUAGAGGAACAAGUAGUUUUGAGAAUAUGUUUUUAAACAUUUUUAUCUUGACUAAAUAAUGUUCAUGUUUUUAUUUAGCAUUUUCUACUUUUUGGACAGAAUGUUUUAAACCUGUUCUUAUUAAAGUUAAAAAUAAAGACUAUGAAGUAGAACAGAA